AUGUCAUCUUUAGCGGCAGCAGCACACCCUGUGGUCUUCGUCUCCUCUCGAGGAAGAAGACAAAGAACAACAACAAAAACAACGAGAAGAAAGACUUUGGGGAAGUCCUCCGUGUCGUCGUCGUCAUCACGUUCGGAGGAUUCUUCGCGAACGACGACCACGGAAACGACACCGUUCAAAGACCUCGAACGAUCGCUGGAAGCUUUAGCGGAAGCGACGAAAGGCGCGGAAAGCAGAGGUUGGCGCAAAGUGGACGAUUCGUGGGUGUUUGAUCCGACGAAAGAAGGCGUCUUUAACUUUGGGGGGAGCGAAAAGGAGGAAGAGGAGGAGGAGGAAGCCGUGGCGGAAGAGGAGGAGGAGUCGUCGUCUUCGUUCUCGAAGUCGAAGAAGAAACCAACGUGCGUGUGCCAUUUCAUCGGCGGUGCGUUCGUGGGUGCGUCUCCUCAGCUCACGUAUCGCGUUUUUCUGGAAAAGCUCGCCGCGCGAUCCUCGUGCGUCGUCGUCGCGACGCCGUAUGAGCUGAGUUUCGACCACUUGCGAGUGGUGGACGAUUGCCAGUUUAAGUUCGAUCGCGCGUUUGCAAAGUUGGACGCGGAUUUACAGACGUUACCGGUAGUUUCGAUCGGGCACUCGAUGGGCGCGCACGUUCACGCGUUGAUUAAUUCUCGGUACGAGUUGAAUCGAGAGGCGUUGGUGUUGAUUUCGUACAACAACAAACCGGCGACGGACGCGGUGCCGUUGUUUGCGGAGGUUUUUGUGCCUGGUUUAUCCGCGAUAUCGCCGGUGUUGCAGCCGUUAGCGGCAUCGCCGUUGAGAGAAAGUUUGAGGGACGUCGAUAGGAACGUGAGAAGUUUCGCGCCGGAAGCGGUGAAGGAGUUGUUGACCGUGGUGGAUCAGUUGGAGCCGUUGUUGUUGGACGUGAGCAACGGGAGGAAGGAGUUCCAGCCGACGCCGGAGGAGGCGAAGGAGUUGAUUAAAAAAUAUUAUUCCGGACCGAACACGUUGUUGAUUAAGUUUCGGGACGAUACGAUCGACGAGACGGCGGUUUUAGCCUCGGUCUUGACGGAAGUGAAUAGCGGCGGUAGAAGUAGUAGCGGAAGUAGUAGCGGCAGCAACGAAAGUAGUAGCGAAACCGGCGGCGCGAACGGAGUGGCUGAUUUCAGCGUCAAAACGCAACCCGGCGAUCACAUCUCCCCGCUCUGGCAGCCGUUACCGACUGAAAUUCUCCCCGAGUCUAUCGUCGAUUCCGCCAACAUCGCCUUCGACGCGUCGACGACCCUUUUCGAUUCGUUCGGCAUUCGCAAAGACGAUCCGAGUCCUCUCGGCGCUUUGAGAGGUUUGUUCGACGACGUCAGGGAGACCGUCUUACCCGGCAGCGGCGCCGCCACCGCCGAAGACGGGAGCCAGAGGAAAGUGCAAGAGUUGGAGAAUCUGGACGGGUUAGUCCGCGAAAUCGAUGGGUUUUUGAGACGGUCGAGGACUUAG